AUGUUUCCCCAUCAACCUCUCAACUUCACACUCGAGCAGUGGCUCGGAACAGCUAUCAUGUUCCCCAUCCUAACCGUGCUUUUCUACAGAGGCAUCUACAACGAACCACAGGCUCAGGUACACGACGCCACGUCCGAUGCUGCCGCGGCCAUGAUGAAGAACAGAUAA